CGAAACGUGUGGCACGCGCCGUGUCUUAAACCCCGUUCAAACUGAUAAUAAAUCUAUCAAUUUCAUGGUAAAAUAAUAUUUUGUGGCAGCGAUGCACAGUUGUACAUAAAGUGUUGAUGGGUGGCAACAACUGAACUAUAUCGGUGUUUUAUGAUAGACGCGGCUAUUAUCUACCGUUAGUGUGCUCAUAACGGAUGUGUUUCUAUGCGGAAACGGAAGUUAUGCUAUAGCAGCGUGUAGGGAAACCGAGCGCCGCUUGCAUCACACAUUCGUGCUGCUUUGCUCGCCACAGUGUCGCGUAGUGCGCGCGUAUAAACGACGGAAGUGUUAAACCGGUUAAGUGCAGUGUUUACGUUGAAAAUUGCGGCGAACGAAAAUCAAGGUAGAAAUGUUGCGCAUACGCCUAGUAGGGCUGUAACGCUUAGUUUGCCAUAUUGCAAAGGAAAAGUCGCAUUUCGACAUACAUUUCUUAACUAAAAAUAUAAAAAUUGUUAUUUUUGUAAAUUUUGGCUUUUUUCUUGCGGCGCGUGUUCGUAUAUUCCCGCUAGAUAGCAUAUUUAUGUGAAUAUAGAUUAACAAAGCCUUACCACAAUUCGCAGUGCAGUGUUAACACGGCUGUGUACUUACAAUUUAAAGUGAAAUAAUGAACAUCUAUAUUUUAAUAAAUGAAUACGACAAGUGUUGCAUGAAUGAGCGCAACAAAGUAUUGAAAGCCGCAUCGAAAUCAAUGAAGUGCUGCAAAUAAAUAACGCUGGCAAUAGCUCGAACUUUGAAAUGAUCCUCUGGGAUUUGCAAGGGCGGAGGAUCUAAAAACAUACAUAAAUAUAUUCCUAUGCAGUCACAUAUGCACAUUCGUUGCAUUUCAUUUUACAUUGGUAUCCGUGGUAUUAUAAAGAGUGUAGUGGUAGUCAUUUCACAGAAUUAAAUGUUAUUCCACGCAAAACAAUCAAUAUAAAUUUAUUAAUCUCUAAAGCUAUAAAUCGAUAUCGUGAAAUAGCAUUUAAAUGCAUGCUGUAAAAAUUCUACUAACGUUGCUCAUACGCUCCGUCGCCCACUAGUGGAAAUUUCCCGCUUUUUGUUGCUGUGAAACCCCAGUAAAGGCAGGUGUCAAGCACUACUGGCAUGUGUGUGGGUGGCUCGACCUACUGGAACCAUAAAUCAUAGAGAAAUACAACGUAACCUACAUAUACUCAAAUACUAGGAAAUUGAAUUUUUACUUUAGUAAGCAAAAAGCGAAGGCAGUAGUACGAGCGUCGAAAUGAGCAGCAACUUUGGUCUGUUGUCGAUGAAUGGCAGAGUCAGCCAGCGGAAACUGAAAUUGUGAUGUGGUAACUAACCGAAAUUGCCAACAGGAAUUGCCACUACACGACCGAAACGUAUACACAAACUUUUCUUAGCAACAAAGUGUGGCAAGUACACCGGCACUCCUGCAAACAGUGGCACACACAUACACGGCGGUUGAAAAGUUAACGAGUUGGUUAUUGUUGUAACAACGUCAGUGAGUGCAUAUGUGCAGUUGGCAUUACAAAGUUGGCAAACAAAAUGAAAGAACUAACUGGAGCACAGCAACAAAGCGAGUGUGUGCAAAUAAGAUGUGAGUGGAAGUGCUGAGUGUUUGCGGCUUUUGUCACUCACAAGUGUCGCGGUUGUGUCAAAUAACUCGCUGCGAGCGCAAGUGUUGUAAGUUCUAUGCGAAAGUAGCAAGAAAUCUGUGUUGUAUUAUAAGUUGUCUGACAGCCGUUUCGACAGUGUAGGGCGCUCAUAUGAGCAAAAGUAUGCGAGCAGUCAGAAUUCUUUUAAAAAAGCUACAUAAAAACAAUAGUAAGAGACAUAAGUUUUCUUCAGUGGCAUGUGGCAAGCACAACAUAUACUACGAAAAUAUAUGCACGCACAUAUAAUUAAGCUUAUAAAUUCUGCUUAAUCGCGCACAAGUGGCAACUCCCCGAGCAACCAUAAAUUACGAGAGCUGGGUCACUGUGGCGUGAAAUUUAAUAACGGUAACGCCGGCAACGAGUCAUAAACAAAGGUGUCUUUACACUAUUACAAAUAUACGCACAUACUCACACACCCUGACAUAUACUUUAACUUAAAGCACAGCAUGGAGUCAUUCAUACGCGAGUAUGCGGUGCGCAGCAUCCUGCCACAUUUGCACAACUCCGGCGGCGCACUGCAACGCUACGUGCGCUAUGUCGUCGAAGACGCGGUCGCAAGUAUGCCAAGCAGCGACAGCGCUGGCAGCGGCGGCAGCCACAACGACAGCCUACUUUCCGGCCUAACCAAGGACAGCGGCGAUAGCGCCGAGAGCGCCAAUGACUAUUACUUUAUUACAUCGGCAUCCGUACAGCAAUUGCUCAACGACAGUGAGAGUGUCGUGGCGGCGACUACCGCAACAUCCGCGGAGCUGGUGGCACGGUCGCCGCUCGCGUACAACGAAAGCAGCUACGCCAUCGCUGAUAGUGCUUCGGUGCAGGUGUUAUCAACGCUUACUGCGACUAUGAGAGCUAUUGGCGAGUUCGCGACCAACUCGGCAACAGCUGCUGUGACCGCAACGACAGCGGCGGCUGGCGAGCUGAAUAUGACCGCCGAAAUGUGUGAUGACUCAGCUGAGGAUGUGUCUGCGCUGUCGACGGCCUACUUCAAGACCAUCGUCUAUUUGUUGUACAUUCCGAUAUUUAUAUUUGCGCUGCUGGGCAACGGCACCGUGUGCUAUAUUGUGCAGUCGACGCCGCGCAUGCGCACCGUUACCAAUUAUUUUAUAGCCAAUUUGGCGGUCGGCGAUAUUUUAAUGUCGCUCUUUUGUGUGCCCUUUUCGUUUGUGUCCAUUUUCAUUUUGAAACAUUGGCCUUUCGGCACGGUGCUGUGUAAUUUGGUGAAUUACUCGCAGGCGGUGUCGGUGUUGGUGAGCGCGUACACGCUGGUCGCCAUUAGUAUUGAUCGUUAUUUGGCGAUUAUGCGGCCACUGCGACCGCGUAUAACGAAAAGACUUGCGAAGUUCAUCAUAGCAGGCGUUUGGACAAUUGCCUUAGCAACGGCGCUGCCCAUAUUAAUUGUCUCCAAGCUAUCGCAACCGGAGACGUGGUUCAUCGAGUGUAAGAAGUACAUUUGUCACGAGGAGUGGCCUUCCAACACACAAAACUACUAUUAUACUUUAGCGCUGCUGGCACUGCAAUUCAUCGUCCCUUUGAUAGUGCUCAUCUUCACCUACACACGCAUCGCGUGUGCGGUCUGGGGCAAACGACCGCCCGGCGAGGCGGAGAACUCACGCGAUCAACGUAUGGCGCGUUCCAAGCGAAAGAUGAUUAAGAUGAUGGUGAUGGUUGUUAUCGUCUUCACCAUGUGUUGGCUGCCAUUCAACGUGCUGGUGAUUCUACUCAACGAUGAUGCCUUCAAAAUCUGGGAGCCGUUGCCAUACUUCUGGUUUGCAUUCCACUGGCUGGCCAUGUCGCAUAGCUGCUACAAUCCGAUCAUCUACUGCUAUAUGAAUGCGCGUUUUCGCGGUGGUUUCCUGCAGAUUAUUUAUCGUGUGCCAGGUUUGCGACGUUGUUGUUGCCUGCGUCGUUAUUUGCAGAAUCGUGGCGAACGAAAUUACGAUGCUACCGGUGAGAUGACCUUCAAAUUCAAUGCUGGUAAUGGUGGAGGUCUGUUGAGGAAACCUAAAAUACGCAUUAGGCACGGACGACACAUUCCACUUGCAGCGAGUAAACACAUCAACUACCUACAUAAGCACCCGGAAAAAACUACGAACGAAUUCUAUGCAAAUGAGUCAAUUUUCAUGUGCGGAGGCCACAGUGUUGCGGUAGUGCCAGCCCCAUAGAUGUAGCCAGUCGCAUGUUGCCGCACCGCCCACGAGAGAGACGCUUCAGCCGCCCAUUAAUACAAGGCACUACGUGUGAUGGAAAUUUUGAAUCAGAACACACACACACACACACACACACACACACAUAUAUUCGUACAUAUACAUAUACGCACACGGAGUGGCUAAGCUCAGUCACAAAUGCGUGGCAGGCAGUUUACCGGCAUAUGGAAAACUGUAAGCAGAUUUACAAUUUAAUUUUGCAAUUCAAAACACACACGUGCUUACAAAUACAUACAAACAAAUGUGUGCUUUUGUAACAUUAACAUAUUCAGCAAGCGUUUACAUAGACAAACCUGACAUCAGGAACAAUUUUAGAUAGUCCAAAAAAAAAAAACAUUUCAUGCGCAAAAACCGUUAUCUAACAUGAAAGCAAAGGCACAGCUUAGCUUUUAAGUUACUAGCGCUGCUAUUACCGUUAAGCAGAAAAUGAAAUUUUACCAAAGGAUAUCCUAAAGGCGUUUGUGCUUUUCGUAAACCAAAUCUAAACGCAUUUACACACACUUAAGCAUACUAUAUUUAUGUAAGUUUGUUAAACGAUAUUAAUAUGAGUGUAAACGAGUAUGUAUUACGCUUUAAGGCUCUCUUCGAUUUGCUUUUUUUCUGUUUGUUUCAAGGUUUACCAACAAUUUUCAAACAUAUAUUUUCUAGUCUUUUGAAAACCAAAUUUAGAUACAUACAUACAUAUGUUACCAACCCAAAUAAGUGUGGUGUUGAAAUGAUAAGAAAUAACUGUACUGUUGCUUACGUAUAUAAAACGAAAUGUAUGUAAAUAUAUCCAAUUAUACUUACUUUUAUAAGCAAAUAUGUAUACGAACACUUAUCGAAAUCUAAAUCUAUGUAAAUAAUUAAGUGAUGUAUUAAAUGUAAACGUAACCAAAGCAUAAAAUUAUGAAGUAAUGAUUUAGUCAAUUUUAAAUAUUACCUAAUAAAUGUAAAGUGAAACACAA